UGCAAAUUUUACUUUAUCCAGCCCACAAGCAGUAGCCCCAGGCCCAGUACUCUUUCUCCAGCAUGCAGUUCACUCAAGCUGACACAGGAGCCUCCUCCUCACACAUUACAUCCAAUCCAGGUAAGAUUCAAAACCCUAUCGCCCUAUCUCAUUCAUCCAACUGUUCGUAAUAAUUUUAGUUGGCAAUGGCAAUUGUUUACCAAUUAAAGGAUCCCGCCACAAGGGAUUACACAUUCACACCACCACAGCUUCCAACCAAGCCCCCUAACCCACCUCCAGCCCAACGGCGCCACCCCAUCCUAUGGCCACCCGUUCCAAAACAAAUAGCCACUGCCCAAAUCCACCGAUCAGACUUUACACCGCCGCCAUUUCUCAAAUCCUAUGCCAACGCCUUUGGCAUUCCUAAUUGGUUGCACGCUAUGGAAACUAAUAUGACGCGCUACAGGAUAAUGGGACUUGCGAUUUCGUUCCGCGCCCGGUUGACAAAGAGUAUUAACACAAAUGACACAAGUCAUGUGUGUUCUAGCAUUUAGUGCAUUAAUACUUUUUAUGUAUCAUCAAAGAAUGUUGAAUAUUAAUAUUCUUUUAAGUAAAGUAUUUAGGUAACUAAGUACCAAAGCAGGAGCCCCCUAAUUUUUUAUGUUGGUCUAUGUAUUUCUUCCUUAUAUGUUUUCUCAUCUGCAGAUUACUAGAUCUGCUUCCCACUCCCAGAUCAUGAACUUCCCUAAUUGACUCUCAGUUUACUACUUAUUCAUCCAAGUGAGAAAACAUGUGCUCUCUAUAACCCCAAAGAGUCAAAGACUUGUUCUAUUAAAUUGGAUUUUAGAGGCCACAAGCUGGUUGGGUCAUCUCCGGGAGGAUGGCUGCUGUUUUUCAACUGUGCAGAAGAUACAUUGAACUGCUAUGAUUUCUAUGGUAAGGGUAAUUGGCAUAAGCUGAUGACGCUACUCGGAUUGACAUAAUACAACGAAAUUAUUGGAGUAACUGAUGGUACUCGGCACAUACUGUUCAUGAUGGAACCAUCGGACGGGAUCCCAGUGAUUUA